AGGCAGCAGUGUACAAAGCCUCCACCAGGUACGCUCCAGGCUGUGCUGCAUCAGAUUUCACUUCCUGUUUCGCAGGUAUCGGACACACCUGCCGAGAAAAGAGGACGUCAUUCGCUUACCUGAAACUUCUAUUAAACGUUCGUAUCUUUUCAAUUUCUUCGAGUAAUAUGAAAUGAAAAUUUCUCAGAGGAAAUAAAAGAGGAAGCCUCAUAGAGUUCAAGAAACACUCCAAGAGACAUCUGAAAGUCAGUUUAACCGAGCACUCGAAACGAAGAAGGGACCUGAUGAUCAUGAUCAUGGCUCCCUAUCGGAUCUGUGUGUUGAUUCUCACCACGUCGCUGAUGCAAACUCUUCUCCUGGCCCAGAUCCCCGGAGAACAAUGCUUUAGCAAGUUUACAGAAGGAAAGGAUGACUUCGUUUUAGACACCGACGAGUCGGUGAAGCAUGGCGCCGAGUUCCUCGGAUCUCCUACGCAGGUCACCAGAGCCAAAGAGUGUGUGUCGGAAUGCUGCAAAGAUCCCAAUUGUAACCUGGCUUUAAUGGAGAAAGGAGAUGAAGAGGGGACCAUCAAGUCCUGCUUCCUGCUCAACUGUUUGUAUAAGCAGAAAGAUGUGUGCAGCUUUGUCCGAAAGACGGGUUUCAGCAACUACAUACUGACCUCUUAUUUUAAAAUCUACUUGGAGAAGUAUGAUAAGAAUCGCCUUCCGAGGGCAAGUGCAGGACAGGACAGAGUGGUACAGCCUCGUGAAUCUGUGGUACUCAGUGGCUUUGAGAGCAAGGGUCACGAAAUUGAAUACCUGUGGGAGCAGGUGUCUGGAGGCCAAACAGCUGUCCUAGAGAAAACCAAUUUUAAAGAUGAAGUGAAGGUGUCCGGCCUGUCUGCUGGAGUGUAUAAGUUCAAGCUCACCGUCACAGACCACGCUGGCCAGUCUGACUCAGCAGUCGUCACUCUCUUGGUUCUCACACCUGAGCAGUCACACCACCACUGUCUGGUGCCUAAGAAGGUAGGACCAUGCCGUGGUUCCUUCCUUCGCUGGCACUACAACGCAUUGACCGAGAAAUGUGAGAACUUCACUUUCGGUGGCUGCAAUCCAAACCGCAAUAACUAUCUGUCCAAGAAUGAAUGCACCCAAGCCUGUGAUCAAGUUUCAGUGGCCCCCACUCCAGGAAGACAUGGUCCAAUUUAUCCUUCACACGAGGAGUGUGGCUCGCCAUGUGGAUCAGAGAAGUUUCCUUGUGCUAAUGGUUGUUGCAUAGAUAAAGGGCUCAAAUGUGAUCAGGUGAAGCAAUGCAGUGACGGCUCAGAUGAAGAGCAAUGUGACAACUUGGACAAGAAGUUUCGUCUAUUGCUUGACCUAAGUGAAAAGGACAAAGAUCAAGACAAAGCACCCAGCCACUGCACACAACCUCCUCUCACAGGACCCUGCCGAGACAGCAAUACCAUGUGGUACUACAACCCGUAUGAGCGGAAAUGCAGGCGCUUCAACUAUGGUGGUUGCGAUGGCAACAAGAACAAAUUUGAUACUGAGGAGAAGUGCAUGACACUUUGCAGUAAAAUCACUGAGAGAGAUGCUUACAACAAUCCGGGAAACUUUGAGCAGCAGAAACAAGACACUCAGUCAGUUUCCAUUGCCAUUGCUGUCGCACUAGGCUUGGCCAUCUUGAUCUUGAUGGCUGUGAUUGGUUACUGCCUUCUAAAGGACAGGAAGAAGAAGCAGCAGUCAAGGCACCAGCAUGUUUCUGCCAAUGGUACACACCUGCUUCAUGUAGACGACACUGAGAAACUCGUCUACAACAGCACCAUCAAACCCAUCUGAUUCCACCACCAUCUUUCUCCAUCUACAGCAGUGCUUCUGUAUUCCGACACACUGCUUUUCCUGCUGUAAACCACCCAAAUCUUAAAAACCCAAAUUUAAGGCUUUAAUAAUUAGCUGUUGGUAUGAAUAACAUGUGUAACACAUUCAUGAUUAUUUAAAAUGGAAGAAUUACUGUAAAUACCACCGUGUAGACCUCCAUGUAGGAAUCAUGUAGGAAUUUUACACACUUCUUGACACUUCUGAUUUCUUUAACCAAAACUUAUAAGGAGGCAACAGCCUACAUAAUCAUGCAUGUUUUUUUUUUAUAGGUUUUAAAGAGUUUUGUAAAAAUGUUUUAAGAUUUUUUUAUGGAUUAUAUAUAGUGGAUUUUCUACUGAAGAUUAGAAAGAAAUGCUAGAAUGUUUUACCUGAACGCAGAUAAACAUUAAGUAAGAA